CGACAGUUGUGAUCACCCUGCCACAAUUGCAAACCUGUAUUACCACUCACACAUGACCAUGAAGGUCGUCCAAAACGCCGGCGAGGACCACCUCCACCUAACACCACCACUCACGGUUGACACCAAGGCAGCGCUGCCGUUCGUGUCUGCGCUCUUGCCAUGGCUGUACCUUGUGCAUCACACAGACGCCAAACAAUUGGACCGAGUCUUGGCCAUCUUGGCCAAGUCCGAUGGCCGCGACAAGGCGUGCAAGAUCACUCAAUACAUGUGCAAGCUAGUCAUGGCCAUCAACCAGCCAACGUACAAACCACUGGUGGGCAAGCUGGCGACCCAACUCAGCGGCACCCGCCGCGUCCUUCGACUUGGACGUUGCCUCAAGUUUUUCCCCAACGCCAUGGCUGCAAGCCAAGAGCCACACGGAUGGAAGCGAGCGGUGGCCACGCUCGGCGCUGUGGUCGGCGGGGCCGGCGACUUUGGCGACGACGUCUGUUGGGCCAGCGACAUGAACCUCCUGUCCACCUCGGUGGCAACAUCGUUGGAGGUUUGGAUUGACCGGCUGUGGGUCUUCUCUGUCGCGUGCGACUUGCCACUUAACACAUCCGAUUUGCUCGACGCCCGCCUCGCCUUCGUCGCCGCUUCUAACGCGGACACCGCCGACAACGAACGGACGAAAGCUGCCGUCCAUCUCCACAACUGCCGCGCCACGUACGUCUCCGUAUGGCUCGCCCAAGUCAAACUCGUGGCGGACUUUUUCCACGCGACCCGACGAGCGUACGACUGGCCGACAGCAUCGCCGAUGCAGGAUGCCCUUUGUGGUCUCGUGUCUGCUUCAUGUGCCAUGAUCAAGAUGUGGCAGCCGUCCAUUUUGCAAAAACAACAUUUGUCCUAACGUUAGUGCGAUCCGCACCACAUUGCUUUUACUAUACAUAGUGAGCUACGUGCUACUACAUACAUGCAACAGUCAGUGGCUUGAUUGACAAGC